GAAGAGGAAGGCAUGCCCGAGGAAGAAGAUGAGGACACGAGGAGGGUAGGAAGAGAAUGACGCCGACCACCUUGGUCCUUACCCUUGCCCUUACCCUACUGGGGCAGGGGGAAGGAAACGGCCUGGAUCACAAGCCGUGUCGGUUCAAUGCGCUCUGCCAAUGUGGGUCCGUCCAAGGAUCCAUCAGUGCAAAAUCUGCCCCCUUUUCCACUCAUCAGGAGAACUUCCCCGAUUCCCAGGAGCUCGUCUGUCUCCGUGUACCCGUCGCCCCGCACAAGGUUCUACCGGAGGGGAAGCUGUUUCAUGCAGACCUGAUCGGGGGGGAUUUGGAAGUGUUGGAAGCGGAUUCCCUCCAAGGAUCUCACGUACAGAGCAUCCGACUCCUUGGCAAUGGACUCAAGCACAUUCACGAAAAGGCAUUCAGGUCCAGCAAGCACAGCUUGAGGUCCCUGGAGAUCUCGGGGAACCAGCUAGAAGCCAUUCCAGUCAAUGCAUUGAAAGACCUCUCCAAUUUAGAUUGGCUCAGCCUUCACGGGAAUAAGAUCCUGAAUGCAACGAGGGAGGAGUUGGAAAUCCUGUCGAAGACGUUGUCGUCUCUGUAUCUGGGCGAGAAUCACUUGACCAAGCUCCCAGACGGGGGAUUCUCGUCUUUCCAGCGACUUAGGGUCCUUCAUCUGGGAGAUAAUCGACUGAGCGACCUGGACGGGAAGGACCUCCCGCCCUUCAUCCAGACCUUGACCUUGUCCAACAAUCACAUCUCUUCGUUGAAGGCCUCCGCGUUGCUGGAUCUGCCAUCCCUGCAAGCCGCGUCCCUGAGCGGGAACGGGCUGGAGAGCAUCGCCUCGGGCUCCUUGACCAGGUCCCUCCGUCUCUACAGCUUUCAUCUGUCGGACAACUUUCUGAAGGAGGUCCCGAAUCUCACCUUCGACAACCCUGUCUCCGUCGUCGAACUCUACCUCGAACACAAUCGGAUCCGAAAGCUUGACAAGGACGACCUCGUCAACUACAGGGUGGAGAGAUUAUACCUGGGGAAGAACGGUUUGGGAGAUAUCCACCCGCAGGCGUUCGUGUCUCAGCCGCUGUCCCUGCUGAGCCUGGAAGGGAACAGCCUGACGAUGGUCCCCGAGGGCAUCAAGUCUCUUCCUCUCCUCGUCUCCCUCCACCUUUCCCGCAAUUCGAUUAGCGAUCUCCCGCCGGGGUCCCUGUGCAGCGACCGAUCAAAGCUCCAGAUUUUGGGACUGGAGGGGAAUCAUCUGACUGAAUUUCCCUCUCCUGGCCUCCAAAGCUGCUUCUCCUUGGUUCAACUCAAUCUCGGAGGCAACUACAUCCCGCAUGUGAACCAGUCCCAUUUCGGAUCCUGGAGUUACAACCUAGAGACGCUGCUCCUGAGGAACAACAAGAUCACGUCCCUCGAACGGAGGUCCUUUUCAAGUCUUCCCAGGCUUCGAGACCUGAGCCUGAGCUUCAACCGGAUCACAGACAUACCGCCGGAGGCGUUCGCGGACUUGGCAAUCAACUUGCAGCGGCUCGAUCUGAGUUUUGCCCUCGGAGGGACGCCCACGUUCCCCAAGGACUCCCUGUCACUUCUGAGGGCUUUGGAAUGGCUUUGCCUAGACAACAACGACAUCAUGGACGUUCCACUCGAUUCCCUGAGAUAUUUGGGGAACCUCCGAUACCUGAACCUGGAAUACAAUCGGAUCAAAACCCUGCCAGUCGGGGUGUUCAACCAUAACGUCCACAGAUUCCUCGUGGAUCUCAGAUUGUCCGUGAAUUCCAUCACGGAGAUCCUCACGGAUACGUUCAGGGGAUUGAUUGCCCUGAGAUCCAUCCUGAUGGCAUCCAAUCGGAUCACCGUCGUUAGAUCGUCGGCAUUUCGACAGCUUCCUCAACUAGCAUUUCUCACGCUGGCCAAUAACGACAUCGUCCGACUUGAGCCGAAGUCGUUUGUCGACUUACCGAUGAUGGAGAGGCUGGACCUUCAGGAUAAUUUCCUUUCGCAACUCAGCCUGAACGCUUUCGUCAACGUCUCUGUCUUGUCUGAAUCCCUGCUGCUGAAUCUUUCCUCAAAUCACCUGGAGAGUCUCACGCCUGGGACUUCGUGUCAGGUGACAGUGCUGGAUUUGUCGCACAACUAUCUCGCCCGUAUCCCCAAGGAGGCCCUGGAACAAUGCAAGCACUCCCUGACUAAGCUGUAUCUGAGGGAGAAUCGGAUCCAGGCGGUGAGGAACGAGGACUUCAAGGAGCAGAUGAGGCUCGCGGUUUUGGACCUUAGCAAGAACAAUUUGGCAGAAUUGCAUCAGGAAGCCUUCUCUGGCUCCAAGUUUUACGCCCUUCAGGUGCUGAACUUGUCGCACAACCGACUCAGAGGCAUGUCGGCCGACUGCUUCAAGGGUCUCAAGACCUUGGAAGUCCUGGACCUGAGUCACAAUUACCUCACGGCUCUCCACCCGGGGAUCUUCAGGGGAUCGAGUAUCCACCGGAUGGACUUGUCUGAUAACCGCCUGUCGUCUGUCCCCGGCCUGGCCCUGGACGCCCUACAGAGCACCCUCAGGGUCCUGGACCUCUCCAAGAACGCAGUGCAGCACGUAGAUUCCAUGUCCUUUCCCUGCUGCCCGGGGUUGACCCGACUCUCCCUGGCCGAGAACCGACUCACGACGUUGCCCGAUAACACUUUCCUCGCCCUGCCCACUAUCGUCUCUCUCGAUCUCAGCCGGAACAACCUCAAGGGCAACUUCAGGGAGUUGUUUCACUACGUCGGUCAGUUGAAAGAGCUGAACCUGGCAUCGACGAGGAUGACGGAGAUGCCCAUCCUUCCUUUACCCCGUCUCACCGUGCUCAAUCUCUCGCACAAUUUCAUCAAGGAUUUCUCGCAGGAUUCCGUCUCCCUCCUACGAUCCCUCCAGGAACUGGAUCUGUCCUUCAACCAGUUGGAACGUUUGCACGGGGACACGUGGAAGCCUUUGCCGAGGCUCACGGUCCUGGACGUGUCGCACAAUCCCGUGACGGCACUCGACGCGAAGGCCUUCGCGAACUUGGACCGCCUGGACCGUCUCUCCCUCCAGGGUCUGGAUUACCUUCGAGGGGUGGACGUCGGGGCGUUGGGGAAUUUGACUCAUUUGAGGUACCUGAGCAUCGAUACAUAUCAAAGACUCCUGCCGCGGGUGAGCCUUGCCACCCUCCUCGGGCCCUUGAGGCACCUGAAGGAGCUUCAGGUGCAUCUGAGGGAGAAUCAACUCGUAGAUCAACUUGGGGGAAGUUUCUCGCCGAAGCUACGGGUUCUGGAGAUCCGAGGCAAAAACCUUGAAAACAUAUCAUCCAAAGCCUUCCGGGGAUUGGGAGAAAGAGGGACGGAGAUGCUGAUCAGGAUUCGCGGCACGAACGUGGGGAACCUUCCAUCGGGUCUCCUGGCCUCCUUCGCAUCCAGGUCCAGAUCUCUCUCCUUGGACCUUCGAGAGAAUCGCCUCGCACAGCUCUCUCCGAAUGUCUUCUACGGAGAGCAUCCCGACUGGGAACAUCUCACCACGCAGGUCCUUCAAGGGGGAUUGGCCGUGGAUGGAAACCCAUUGUUGUGCCACUGCCGCCUCUCUUGGCUCAUUCACUGGCUUCGUCGAUGGAUGAGAGAAUGUCGGGGGAGUCACCUACUGCCAGCUGCAGCCAGCGAUGCACUUCGAACGGCCGCUGCCAGGGCGACGUGCAUGGAGGGUCGGGAGGGACGGUGGGUUUCACUGCUGUCGCUAAGGAGCGAUGACCUGUCUUGUCGAGCUCUGGCUUUGAGCAGUGGGUCCAUCCCCAGCACUCUCUAUCCUCCUUCGUUGGUGGUCAUCCUGCCCCUGGCUAUGGUCCUCGGUGUCCGUGACCUUUGACCUGGUUGUGGUCUUCGGUGUUCGUGACCUGACUCUGACCUCACCCUCCCCUCCGUAUCGUAUCUGUGAUUUUCGGAUCCCAUUCACCGCGGCUGUGAUACUCUUUCGUGUGUUGACGAUUCACCUGGCCACGACAUGACGAUGUUUGACGUAAUUCGAGGUUGACGUCAGAAUUCUGUGGGUGAUCGGUGUAGGCGCAGGGCGCCGUCUUUAUGCCAUGACAAAUCUAGAUGUUUUUCAUUGGAAGGGUUCUCCUACGCGAUCAAAGAGUGACAAAGUAAGAAAACUUCAGAAAGUAACUUUCAUUUUUUUGUGACAAUUUGUACUUUGACUUAUUGUGACAAUUUAUAUACUAUUAACUAACGUUCUUUACUAAGAACGUAUCAAAAUCGAGCGCAAAGUAUCUUUGAUUACAUCUUUGACCGCGUAAGAGCUCCCAAAUCUGACCGCCCAAUUGAUAUUGAAGUGAAAUGAGCAUAUUUAUUCAUUUGUUACAAGAGGCGAGCAUUCACUGUUGUGUACACCCGUUUCGUAGAUUGAGUAAUAAAAUUCGUGUUCAAAG